ACCGCCAGUAACCCCCCGCGCGGCAUCAAAUGACCGCUAGUAACCUCGCUCGGCGUCCCGUGACUGCCAAUAACCCCGCGUUCGUCACCUCGGGCAACCCGGAAGUAUCGAACCGGAGUGAGUGCUGUGAUUGGCUGCGCGGAGUCACCUCAUAGUUCGCUUGCCGGCGUGUGCUGGGCGGGCGGGACGGCUGUCGUGAGGGCGUGGCUUCAGACACCCGCUCGCGCUUUGAUUGAAAUUUAAGCAUCGCGCCGAGUGAAGUGAUGUAAGAAGAGAGAGAAAAGGGAUGAAAGCAAAUUUUAAAAAAGGGACCACUAGCAAAGAGCGACUUGCAACCGGCAAUGGAGUGCACCCUGGAAGAUAUGCUACAGCUGAUUAACAGCCAUGAUGUGGAGUUUCCCAGCUUGUUUGACCAUCAGUCGUUUGUGACGAUGCAGGAGACGCCACCCCCUCUUCCUCCUCCUCCUCCUGUGCAAGCAACAAGCAGCUCACCACUCCUGGAUGGGUUGCUGGGGCCUUCCAGUAAGCCAGCAAAGAGCCCCACUGUGGAAAGCAGCAAGGUUUUCCAGCCGUCACCACCCCAGCCUGCUGCUCCCCCAGUCAUUCCGGCCACAGCACCUCCUGGCUCCUCUUCGCCCCGGCACCUCGUCAAGCUGGAGCAGAUCCCCAAGCAGCAGAGUCCACCGCUUGCACGACCACAGCAGUCUGUACAGCCAAGUCCCCCUGCUGCGCCCAUGAUGACUUCAGGCUUUCAGACAGCUGCCCCGUUUACCCCACAGCAGCCACCGCUGAUUGGUUAUCAGCCCUCGGGUGGCUUUUCAGCAGUGCAGUCAGCAGGUGCCAGUCAACCGAUGCCCAACAUCUUGGCUUCUCCACAGCAGAUCCAGUCCGUUACAAUCCCUGCUUCUCAGCUUCUGGCCACAGCAGUCAGUUCCGCUUCAUCCACUGUCUCUCCAGUGCUUCUGCAGCCCCAAUUCAUCAAGGCCGAUUCGCUGCUCUUGACAACACUCAAGCCAGACGGCAGCUCCUUGGUCACUGCAGUCAAAUCUCCAUGCAUCACCACUCUAAGCACGUCUAACUCCCCAGGGCAUAACACUUCAAUCCAGGCGCUGGUCAGUGGCGGCACAAUUCUCACCACAGUUCCUGUGAUGGUGGAUGCUGACAAACUGCCCAUUAACAGAAUUCCUGCCAAUGGCAAGCUGUCGAGCCUGCCGAACAAGGGGGAAAAGCGCACUGCACACAAUGCCAUUGAGAAGCGCUACCGCUCGUCAAUUAAUGACAAGAUUAUCGAACUCAAAGAGUUAGUGGUGGGGAAGGAUGGCAAGCUCAACAAGUCGGCUGUUCUGAAGAAAGCCAUUGAUUACAUCCGCUACCUGCAGCAAGCCAAUCAGAAGCUAAAACAAGAGAACCUGGCGCUAAAGAUGGUGGCUCAAAAGAACAAAACACUCAAGGACCUGGUGGCAUCGGCUGGGAUCUCCAUGGAGAUGGAGGUUGAUGGAAUUAAAGCUGAAAUGCUGACUCCUCCGCCUUCAGAUGCUGGCUCCCCCUCUAACAGCAGCCAUUUCUCAAACUGCAGCAGUGACUCUGAACCAGAUAGCCCCUUAUGUGAUGAUGCAAAGACCUCCCACAAGCAAGAGAUGCCUUGCUCUACUCUCAUGGGCAUGCUGGAUCGCUCCCGGAUUGCACUGUGCAUCUUUACCUUCCUCUUCCUCACGUUCAAUCCACUGUCGUCUGUAAUAAAACCUUCAACAGGCUUGUCUGAGAGCAGCAGUUUUCAAGGCCCUGGGAGAAACAUGCUGGGGUUCCAGUCUGCAGCAGACAACCUUGGCUGGCUUGACUGGAUGCUGCCCACUCUCUUCCUCUGGUUGCUUAAUGGUGUACUGGUACUGGUGCUCUUCAUCAGGCUAUUUGUCUACGGUGAACCCGUCACCCGUAUGCAUUCGGGGUCUUCAGUGCUCUUUUGGAGGCAUCGCAAGCAGGCGGACCUCGAAUUGGCCAGGGGUGACUAUGCUCAGGCUUCCCAAAACUUGUGGAUGUGCCUAAAGGCUUUAGGCCGCCCCCUGCCCACCUCUCAUCUGGACCUGGCCUGUAGUUUCCUGUGGUCCAUGUUGCGGCUGAUUCUGCAACGUCUUUGGCUGGGGCGGUGGCUGGCAGGACGCACUGGAGGUCUGAGCCGUGACCAGCAAUUGCAGGAGGAUGUGCGGAGGAGCUCGCGAGAUGCUGCUCUUGUGUACCACAAGCUGAAUCAGCUGCACAUGACAGGAAAGCUCCCUAGCAGCAACCUGGCAGCAAUCAACAUGGCCCUGAGCGCCGUCAACUUGGCUGAGUGUGCUGGCGAGACGAUCUCCGUGGCAACAUUGGCUGAAGUCUAUGUACUGGCAGCAAUGCGUAUCAAAAGUAGCCUGCACAGGACGCUGCAUUUCUUAACGAGGUUCUUCUUGAGCAGUGCCAGGCAGAUCUGUUUAUCUCCCAGUGGCACAGUGCCUCCAGCCAUGCAGUGGCUCUGCCACCCCCUUGGGCACCGCUUCUUCGUUGAUGGAGACUGGACUGUGCGCAGCACACCCCGAGAGAGCAUCUACAGUUUGGUGGGCAACUCAAUUGAUCCUUUGGCUCAGGUGACUCAGGCCUUUCGGGAGCACCUGCUCGACCGAGCCUUGUACUGCAUCGCCAAACCAGAAAGUAAUGAGGUUCAGGCUGAAGGGGCAGGAGAGUUUUCUGACGCUCUGCAGUACUUGCAGAUCCUGAACAGCUGCUGUGACGCCGCAGGAACCACUGCUCAGACGUUCGCCAUUGGAUCCAGCGUGACCACCAGCACAGGGACUGACCCGUUGGCCAAGUGGUGGACGUCUCUGGUGGUGGUGGCAGUGAACUGGUUGCAGGGCGAUGACGAGGCAGCCGAGCGCCUCUACGCAGUGGUGGACUACAUGCCCAAGGCUCUGCAUGGCAACGAGAACCCCUUACCUCGAGCAGCACUCUGCACCUUCAGGGCCGUACGCAGCCUUCUCUCCAGCCAGGAGAACAAUCAGCUGACGUUGGCACACUGCGACAAGGCCAGUGGGUACCUGAAAGAGAGCCUGGCCAUAGUGCCCCUUGGCAGCAUUGACAAGGUGAUGCAGUUGCUACUUUGUGACCUGCUCCUUGUCACCAGGACGAGUUUUUGGCAGCAGCAGCGCCCGUCGCUGGGUAACUCAUUGCAAGUGUCACCCUUGGAGCUGUGUGGCUUCCAGCAGGAUUUGAGUACGCUCCGUCGGCUGUCGCAGAGCUUCCGGCCAGCAAUGCGGAGACUGUUUCUGCACGAGGCCACAGCUCGGCUCAUGGCCGGCGCCAGUCCUACUCGGGCUCACCAGCUGCUGGACCGUAGCCUGCGGAGAAGGACCACACCGACCAGAAGAGCAGGAGAGCUGGCGUCGUGCCCUGGAAAACGCGAGCAGGCAGAAGCGGUCCUGCUUGCCUGCCGUCAUCUCCCUCCUUCCUUCCUCUCCGCGCCAGGGCAACGUGUCGGAAUGCUAGUGGAUGCCGCCCGGACCCUGGAGAGGCUUGGUGCUAAGAGGACACUUCAUGACUGUCAACAAAUGAUCAUCAAACUGGGCAGCGGCACAACUGUGGCAUCCACAUAGGGGAGGGGGGGGGGGGGUUUGAAAUAUCGAGUUAUGGGUAACGUUUAACUUUUUUUUUUUUUUAUCUGAUGGGUGAAAAGGGGCAUUGGCUGUUUGCAGAAUGGCAGCUUUUGUUGUAGGUACCGGGCUUGGCCACCGUGUGGCACUGAUAUGCCAGCAUAGUGCGUCUUCCCCAGAAGUUUAACAGGCACGCAAUUGUUUGUCAGAGCUCCUCUGCCACGGUCUUCCAAAAAGCUGGCGCUUCCCAGGGUGCACUGCCCGGGCGUCCCCUCUUCCGUGUAAAUAGUGUACAGAUCCUCCACGUGCGCCUCACGUCUGAGGAAAACGUUAUUUUCAUAGAGUCGACGUUGUUUUCCCUCCUGUGUACAUAGGAUAUUUAUAAUUUUCUAAAGGUACUGAUGCCAUUGUUGGUUGUAUAGCUCCUUUCAGCACCCGCGGUGGCUGCAUUUGGAUGCAGAAGGUUCCCUAGCAGCCAUGAAACCGAAAAACUUAGCAAAGAUGCCAACCCGUUUUGUUUAGAAUCCGUUGGUGCCAGUGAACCAAAAAUGACCGCUUCCUGUUAUCGGCCACCUUCACGCACUUAACGGAACAAUUAAAGAGUUUAAGUGAAAGUGGCCAGCAAACUGGCAGGGGAGGGGAAUACCUGGCACUGCCUUUCAGGGUUCACUUUUCGUCCAGCUCCCCGGAUGGUUUUGUGCGUCAGGCGGGCGCUGUUCUUGUUUAGAGCAGGCCGACUGAGUGAAAGCCCCUCGGGACAUUGUAAGAAGUGGGGCCUCGACUUGACAGAAUAGCACAGCCUGCGGAAUACGAAGGGACGUGGGGACGAUGGAUUGGUGAGCAGAAGGCGGAGUGUGGAGUUGAACUUCAGGACGUGUCGCGGCCGAUCUGCUCCACCCGAGCCGGAGAGGAGAGGAGAUCGACUGCAGGGCCUGGCGUUUGACACGGGGAGGGCUCAUAUUGAGCAUUUGUAAGAUGGAGAACUGUGCCAGUUUCUUUACAGAAUGGUGUUCUUGUGACGCUGACUUUUGUAACGUCUUUCUGAGUCGCCCCAUAACUACUGGGCCAGUGAGGUCUGAGAUAGAAACGUCAUAAAAUCUCAAUGUGAGGCUCAAGGGCAGCAUCCAUCCAUCCAUUUUCCAACCCGCUGAAUCCGAACAGAGGGUCACGGGGGUCUGCUGGAGCCAAUCCCAGCCAACACAGGGCACAAGGCAGGAAACAAUCCCGGGCAGGGUGCCAACCCACCGCAGUCAAGGGCAGCAUGUCUGCUUUUAUUUCUGGGCUGUGUAUGACAUCUAACACGACUGCAAACGUGAGGCUUCGAGUGGCAAGCGUCUCCCUCUUGGUUAUAAAACUACAAAGCACAACCCAAAGGGCUACUCUGAGCUCAAAGCUCGUCUCAAACAGUCCCAUCAAUCCCAAAAUAUCUUAACUGUGGCAGUCGCGUAUCAUCACAAAAACGAUUACUUGGACCCCCAAUCCCACCAUCCAGAGAUGUGCAGGUUCGGUGAAUUGGUGCGCUAGUUUGGCCCAUGUGUGUGCUUGCCCUGGGAAUGACUGGCAUGCGCUUCUGGGUUUGUUCUGGCUUUGCCCCCAUGCCAGCUGGGAUUGUCUCUGUCACCCUGCCCGGACCACACGACACUGGUCCGGAUUAAGUGGGUUAGAAAAUGACACGACAUGGCAGUUACUUUGGUGAGAGAGUAACGUGAAAGAACUGGAGGCCGAGUGACUGCUGCUAGAGCUUCACUAAACCACAGAUGGAACAAAACUUAACAGUAAUACUUGGAAAUGACCACUGGGUGGCAAUGUUUCAAACACAAAGGUGAUCAAAAUAGAGUGUCGGGGGGUCGAAGGGGGGACAAGGCAGAGAGGCUCAAACAAGUGACAUUUCUUGUGUUUGGCCCCCGGAAGUAUUGCGACAAUCGAAUGUGAGGCCAAAUCAAAGUGGGUGGAAGUUUGUAUUCGGUUGGCAUAAACUGUGACCUAGCGACAUCCCCGGACUCUUGGUGCCAAGUCUGUAAUGCCAGACUUGAUUCUCCUCUUCACUGCAUUCUCCACCGGGUGUGAAGCAGGAGAUCCACUUGACCCGUCUAGAUCUUUCUGAUGAAUUCCAUCCGGUGAGCUUGGCUGUUUUGCGUUCUUUCUGAGAAACUGUGACGUAUUGCCACCAUCACUUCUGUCACCGGUGAGCCACUUGAUGCCCAACAGUCCUCCCACACUGGUCCCAGCCCGGCACUCCUCUUUACCUCAUCUGUCCUGAACACUCACUUUGCUCGAGAACCUUUGUGGCUUUUCUUUUCAUUCUGACCCUUUGCCAUCCCUGCCCUGUCCAUUUUGUUAAAAAAUUUCUCUGGAUGUUAUUUUUGCGGUUUCUCUUUCCAGCUCUCCCAGUACUCAGUUGCUGUGGUCUUCCUCGGACCUCCCAACAUUUCAAGCAGUUGAUUUUUCGAAUGCCCAGUACUGGCGCUGACGGGCCUUUUCUGUCGUAGUCACUGCUCUGAUUGCACCUUGUUUUGUGUCGUCGAUGUCAACACCAGACCCCCCCAGCAAGUGCAAACUCCGACAGCCCUCUCACCGGGGGGUCUCCUGUCAGUCAUUUGUACCCAUGGGGUGAACACAACAAAAGACAUUUUUGUUUCCAGUGUUUUGUUUUUUUUUGUGUCAUUUAAAGCAUUGCCCAGAAAUAAAAGCUGACAUUCUUUAUUGGAGUCACCUUCUCAUCCACCAUACGUUUUUUAUAUGAAAAUGAGUACAACCAAAAUAAGCCAUCAUCCCGCUAUUUAUGUUUUCUUACAACAGGGGGUCCAGAAAUAAAAAAAAACAAAACCUCAAACUGCUGCCCCUGCACUGACCUUAUAGUCUUAGAAGUGAAACAUUUUUAAUGUGGGACUCAACAACUGCGCCUUCAUGCGGGGUCUUGUGGCUCUUCAGUACAUGGAAUUAAUAAGAGUCGGAGGGCGGAGUGCCGACGUGAACGGAGCGAACUGUUCGGAGAUUUGAUUUAAACUGCACAGGCAGUGCCGUAGACUUUAAACUCCAGCAGGUGGCAGCACUCUCACUUGUCACAACUGUGUCGUGAAGGUGACGAAGGAGCGGCAGGACCAGAAAUGAGUCUAGGAAACCCUUACAUUGGGGUCCAUUGUGUUUUAGGUGGGCAGCCGCUUCAGAUUUAGGCCCAGUCUCGAUUACCUGUCCGAUAUUAAACCUUUCCUUGAUAGCAAGAAUAGAAAUAUUCUACUGCCCGACUCUUUUAUCUGUCCAUCCAUCCAUCAUUCCAUUGAAUCUAAACUUUGGUUCGAGGGGAGGAGGCACCAUCUUGGCACACAUCUACGCGCUCUCGCCCACUGCCACUCAAAAAUGCCUUGAGGCGUAUUUUAUACAUGUUGAAGUUCCCUGGAGGGAGCCGCUGGUCCACCACACCUGCUUUGUUUCACCUGUAGGGGGCGAUGAGGACGUUUGUUUGGCUGAGUUGUCAGCUCUCGUUUAAGAUUUCGUUUUGCCGGGAAUACUAACUGCUGUUGUUUUACAAUUUUUUUAAUGGUUUAAAGAAAAGCACUUUACCAUUGUUAUACUUUAAUUUAUUAAAAAUGUACACAAAAUCCCUU